AUGGCCGCCGCCGGCGGGAAUCAGGAGGGGGGCCCAGGGGCGGGGCGCAUACGCGGCUUUGCCGCGGACGGCGCCUCCUCCAGCGCCCUCUACGUCGGGGAUCUGGACAAGGGGGUCGACGAGGGGCUCCUGUACCACCUCUUCUCCAGGGUGGGUCCGGUGGCGUCCAUCCGGGUGUGCCGGGACGCGGUCACGAGGCGGUCCCUGGGCUACGCCUACGUGAACUACAACACUGCGCUGGACCCCCAGGCGGCCCAGAAGGCGCAGGAAAAUCUGAACUACACACCUGUGAAGGGCAAGCCGAUUCGGAUAAUGAAGGCACAGAGGGACCCAGCUGCUCGGCGUUCAGGGGUUGCUAAUGUUUUUGUCAAGGGCCUGGACGACGAAAUCGACUCCCGCACACUACACGACACUUUCGAAGUCUUUGGCCCCAUCACUUCAGCCAAAGUGGCUAGGAAUGAAAUGGGUGAACCCCUUGGUUACGGAUAUGUUCAGUAUGACUCGCCAGAGGCGGCAGCGGCUGCUGUGCAGCGUGCCAAUGGCAUGCUCUUGAAGGGACGCCCACUUCAUGUGGCACCCUACAAAGAUAAAUCUGCCCGAGGUGUUGGCAGAGGGUUCACAAACCUCUAUGUCAAGUCAUUCCCUGAGGAUGUUAAAGACACUGAUGCAUUGCGGGCGUUGUUUGAGCCCUAUGGCCCGAUAACAAGUGUGCAUCUGGCAAAGGAUGAUGCUGGUAACUUGAAGGGUUUCGGGUUUGUGAAUUUUGAGAGCCCAGAGUAUGCUGUGAAAGCCAUGGAGGCUUUGAACGGCAAGGAAAUCGCAACUGGCAAGAUGUAUGUCGGGCCAGCUCAGAAGAAAGUGGUGCGUCAAAAACUCCUCCGUGAAAAGUAUGAGCAAAUGAAGCGAGACAGGCAACAGAGCACACAAGGGCGCAAUCUGUAUGUCAAACACAUCGGUCCGGACCAAAACGAUGAUGGUCUCAGGCAGAUGUUUGAAAAGUUUGGCACUAUCACAUCAGCAAGGGUGAUGACUGACGAUGCUGGCAAGAGCCGUGGCUUUGGCUUCGUCUGCUUCUCCACUGUUGAUGAGGCUACAAAGGCCCAGGCUGAGAUGAAUGGCGAGCAGUUCGACGGUCUGCAGCUUUAUGUGGCUGUCGCCCAGCCCAAGGAGGUGCGGCAGGCAGAGCUUGCCCGCCAGCGCAUGGCCGGCCUAGGGCUUGGAAUGGCCAAUGCCCCUAACCCUUACACGCAGAUCGUCCCACCAGGGAUGGUGCCAGCCCAGGUGUGGCCAUCCAACGCUGUGACGCAUCCUUACCAUGGGAAGCAUGGAGGCCGUUACCAAGGCAAGGGAGGCAGCUACCGUGGCAGAGGGGGCAGAGGCCUGAGGGGGCGAGGCUCUGGAAGGAUGCAUGGGCCAUUCGAUGUGGAGCUGCACCCUGCAGGCAUGAAGCCGAUCAACAUCGGUGACAUCGAAGGACCAAACCCUCCGGCUACAGGGCUGGGAACACAAGUGCUGGCAGCAGCAAGUCCACGGCAGCAAAAGGUCAUGUUGGGAGAGAGGCUGUAUCCAUUGGUAGCGCAACUGCAGCCUGACCGUGCCGCUAAAAUCACGGGCAUGCUCCUGGAAAUGGACAAUGCAGAGAUCCUGCUGUUGAUUGAGAACCCUGUGGCACUGCAGUCCAAAGUGGAUGAGGCUGUGACGGUGCUUGGGGAGCAUGGCUUGCUGAAGGAGAAGGCAGCAGCUGCGGCCGCAGCGGCAGCAGCUGGUACGGCAACUGGGGAGGCACCAGUCAAUACCUGA